GUUUACAUUUGAAACCCCAGUAAAAUUAUCCCCAUAUCCAUGCAGCAAAUUCACGGUUUCUUUUUAUUUCUCUUUCUAGAGACCUCAGUGAAAACCAGAUCCAGGCCAUCCCAAGAAAGGCGUUCCGUGGAGCAGUAGAUAUUAAAAAUCUGCAACUGGAUUUUAACCAGAUCAGCUGCAUUGAAGAUGGUGCUUUCCGAGCUCUGCGCGACCUGGAAGUGCUUACCCUCAACAAUAACAAUAUCACCCGACUUUCAGUGGCAAGCUUCAACCACAUGCCAAAACUGCGCAUUUUUCGACUUCACUCCAACAACUUAUACUGUGACUGUAACUUGGCCUGGUUAUCAGACUGGCUGCGGCAGAGGCCCCGUGUUGGCCUGUACACUCAAUGUAUGGGACCUACCCACCUGAGAGGACACAAUGUGGCUGAAGUUCAGAAGCGGGAAUUCAUAUGUAGCGGUCAGCAGUCCUUCAUGAUUUCUUCUUGCAGUGUCCUGCACUGCCCGGCUGCCUGCACCUGCAGUAAUAACAUUGUGGAUUGUCGAGGAAAAGGAUUGACUGAGAUCCCUACCAACCUGCCUGAGACCAUCACAGAAAUGAGAUUAGAGCAAAACUCAAUCAAGGUCAUACCUCCAGGGGCUUUCUCACCGUAUAAAAAACUACGAAGAAUUGAUUUAAGCAACAACCAGAUAUCGGAAAUUGCUCCGGAUGCAUUUCAAGGCCUGCGUUCCCUCAACUCCUUGGUUCUUUAUGGAAACAAAAUCACGGAGCUCCCUCAGAAUGUGUUUGAAGGCCUGUUUUCAUUACAGCUACUAUUGCUCAAUGCCAACAAGAUAAAUUGUCUGCGGGUAGGUGCUUUCCAGGAUCUCCACAACCUGAACCUUCUGUCUUUGUAUGACAACAAACUUCAAACCAUUGCCAAGGGCACAUUCGCUCCUCUUCGUGCCAUUCAAACUCUGCAUUUGGCUCAGAACCCAUUUAUCUGUGACUGCCAUCUGAAGUGGCUGGCGGAUUAUCUUCAUACAAACCCUAUUGAGACCAGUGGUGCCCGCUGCACCAGCCCCCGCCGACUGGCAAACAAAAGAAUCGGGCAGAUCAAAAGCAAGAAAUUCCGCUGUUCAGCUAAAGAGCAAUAUUUCAUUCCAGGUACAGAAGACUACAGGUCCAAACUAAGUGGAGACUGCUUUGCUGACCUGGCUUGUCCAGAGAAGUGUCGCUGUGAAGGAACCACUGUAGACUGUUCAAACCAGAAGCUCACUAAAAUCCCAGAUCACAUUCCACAAUACACAGCUGAGCUGCGUCUCAACAAUAAUGAGUUUACAGUUAUAGAAGCAACUGGAAUCUUUAAGAAACUCCCACAGCUGCGGAAAAUAAACCUAAGCAAUAACAAGAUUACUGAUAUUGAAGAAGGGGCCUUUGAGGGAGCCAAUGGAGUGAAUGAGCUCAUCUUGACAAGCAACCGAAUAGAGAAUGUUCACCAUAAAAUGUUUAAAGGCCUGGAUGGACUAAAAUCUCUGAUGCUGAGAAGUAAUCACAUUAGCUGUGUGAAUAAUGACAGUUUCACUGGCCUGAGCUCUGUGCGAUUACUUUCUCUGUAUGACAAUCAGAUUGUCACAGUUGCCCCUGGAGCAUUCGACACGUUGCAUUCCCUGUCUACACUGAACCUUCUGGGAAACCCUUUCAACUGUAACUGUCACCUGGCCUGGCUUGGAAACUGGCUUAGGAAGAAACGAAUUGUAACUGGAAAUCCAAGAUGCCAAAAGCCAUACUUCCUGAAGGAGAUUCCCAUACAAGAUGUUGCAAUACAGGACUUUACCUGUGAUGAGGGCAAUGAUGACAACACUUGCUCACCACUUGCUCGUUGCCCAGCAGAAUGUACCUGCUUAGAUACAGUGGUUCGCUGCAGUAACAAAGGUCUAAAAGCCUUGCCUAAAGGUAUUCCCAAGGAUGUCACAGAGCUGUACCUAGAUGGAAAUCAGUUUAACCUUGUCCCGAAAGAGCUGUCCAAUUAUAGGCACUUGACACUUAUUGACAUGAGCAAUAACAGAAUCAGCACUUUGUCCAAUCAGAGCUUCAGCAAUAUGACGCAGCUUCUCACCUUGAUUCUAAGUUACAAUCGGCUAAGAUGCAUUCCUCUACGGGCAUUCAGUGGACUUCACUCCCUAAGACUCCUAUCCCUCCAUGGCAAUGAUAUAUCCUCUGUACCACAAGGAGCAUUCAAUGACCUCUCCUCCCUUUCUCACUUGGCCAUUGGGGCAAACCCUCUGCACUGUGAUUGUAACUUGCAGUGGUUGUCGGAAUGGGUCAAGUCUGAAUACAAGGAGCCUGGUAUCGCUAGGUGUUCUGGACCUGGGGACUUGGCAGAAAAACUGCUUCUAACUACUCCAUCCAAAAAGUUCACAUGCCAUGGGCCAGUGGAUGUCAACAUUCUUGCCAAAUGUAACCCAUGUUUAUCAAACCCCUGCAAAAAUGAAGGCACCUGCAACAAUGACCCAGUUGACUUCUAUCGCUGUACAUGUCCCUAUGGCUUUAAGGGUCAAGACUGUGAUGUACCCAUCCAUGCUUGUAUCAGCAACCCCUGUAAACAUGGAGGAACUUGCCACUUGAAGGAGGGAGAUAAAGAUGGUUAUUGGUGUACCUGUGCAGAUGGCUUUGAAGGUGAAAACUGUGAUGUGAACAUUGAUGACUGUGAAGAUAAUGACUGUGAGAAUAAUUCCACUUGUGUGGAUGGAAUCAACAACUACACCUGUCUCUGCCCACCUGAAUACACUGGAGAACUAUGUGAAGAGAAGCUGGACUUCUGCUCCCAGGAAGUAAACCCAUGUCAGCACGACUCCAAAUGCAUCUUGACUCCAAAGGGAUACAAAUGUGACUGCACUCCAGGAUAUGUUGGCGAGCACUGUGAAACUGACUAUGACGAUUGCCAAGACAAUAAGUGUCGGAAUGGUGCGCGGUGUACAGACGCUGUUAACGGCUAUACCUGUAUAUGUCCAGACAGCUUCAGCGGACUCUUCUGUGAGUACCCGCCACCCAUGGUUUUACCGCGUACAAGUCCCUGUGAUAAUUUUGAAUGUCUGAAUGGUGCACAAUGUAUUGUGAAAGGCACUGACCCCUCUUGUCAGUGUGUGUCAGGAUAUCAAGGGAGCAAGUGUGAAAAACUAACCAGCAUCAACUUUGUAAACAAGGACUCUUACCUGCAAAUGUCAUCGAUGAGGAUCCGUGCACAGACCAACAUCUCACUGCAGGUGGCUACAGAUGAAGACAGCGGAAUCUUGCUGUACAAGGGUGACAAGGACCAUAUAGCAGUGGAGCUGUACAGGGGGAGAGUACGUGUUAGCUAUGACACUGGAAAUUACCCAGCAUCUGCCAUAUACAGCGUAGAGACGAUAAAUGAUGGCCACUUUCACACUGUGGAACUUGUAAGCCUAGAUCAAACACUGUCACUGAUAGUGGAUGGAGGAAACCCUAAGACCAUCACUAAUUUGUCAAAACAAUCUUCUCUUGGCUUUGACUCUCCACUUUAUAUAGGAGGUAUGCCUAUAAAAAACAAUGUUGCCGUUUUGCGGCAAGCUCCUGGACAGAAUGGAACCAGCUUCCAAGGCUGCAUCCGGAACAUGCAUGUAAACAACGAUCUACAAGACUUUAGGAAGUUUAAUCUGCCGACGGGAGUUGUUCCUGGAUGUGAACCAUGCCACAAGAAAUUGUGUGUGCAUGGAACUUGUCUGGCCACAAGUCAGUCUGGAUUCACUUGCGAGUGUGAAGGAGGUUGGUCAGGACCACUCUGUGAUCAACAGUCCAACGACCCUUGUCUGGGAAAUAAAUGUAUACAUGGUAGCUGCCUGCCGAUCAAUGCAUUUUCCUACAGCUGCAAAUGUUCCCCGGGCUAUGGUGGAGUUUUGUGUGAUGAAAUUGAAGAACAGUUUAACCCUUGCCAGGCUCUUAAAUGUAAACAUGGCAAAUGCCGACUCUCAGGCCUUGGGAAAGCCUACUGUGAGUGCAACAGUGGCUAUACCGGAGACAACUGUGAUAAAGAAAUCUCUUGCCGAGGGGAACGGAUCAGAGAUUAUUACCAAAAACAGCAAGGUUAUGCAGCUUGCCAGACGACCGAGAAGGUAUCGAGACUAGAAUGCAGAGGAGGCUGCUCCAAUGGUCAGUGCUGUGGACCCCUAAGAAGCAAACGACGGAAAUAUGUUUUUGAGUGCACCGACGGUUCCUCAUUUGUGGACGAAGUCGAGAAAGUCAUAAAGUGUGGCUGUACAAAGUGCCCCUCCUAA